AUGUCGUUGGAGAACCAGCUCAUCCUUGCAUCUAGUUUUAUCGACUUUGUCACCAAACUGAUUCCGCACCUAGGCAUUCUGUUCUCCCUGAUGAUAGUGACCAGCCUCAUAACCCGUCAAGAUACCAGAAAUACUAUCCACACAGGAAGCAUGGAGGUUGCUAAGCCCAUCCGACAAGUUAAAGUCCGGCUAUCAACUAGUAAGACUUGCAGUGACGCCGUUCAAGGACCAUCUGUGCACUCUCAAUUAGCCACGAUCGACCAUCGGGUACACGCACGCUGGCCCCAUAAGUUCGUGCACACUAUUUCUCUACUUGUCUUUUUCGUGUGGGGACUCGUCAUACUUUCUCUUCACGUCGCCGCGGCAAAGCGAGCGGUCAACUACCAAGUCGCAGGAUGCAGAACCAUCACCCGACCGUGGUUCUCCAGUGGAAAAGAACCUUGUUCCAGCUUAAUUUACGACUGUCAUGCAAGGAACAAGUCCUCACCGGAUGACGCAUCAUUAGAGAAUCUCGAUCCCCAAACGCUCGUCGGUCUAGCGGUUGUGCACUGCCCGGCACUGCGAAUGCCUGCCACAUUUCAGAACUUCACCAGUCUCAUGAUGAUCCACAUUUUCAACUCAACCAUAACUAGCUGGGACGUUGAUAGUUCCAUCUCGGCAUCAAAGCACACGCGUUUGAUGGCAAUUCUAUUUAGAAAUAUACAAUUGUCGGAGAUUCCGGUUGGUAUGCGGCAGUCAGUGCCGCCCAUGUUGAAGACGAUUCGAAUUUCUGGAUCCAAUUUAUCAGAGCUGCCAGAUGAUUUGCCUUCUCGAUGGCGCGGCCUUGCGGUGCUGGCGAUCGAGGACAGCAACCUUGAGAGUAUUCCUCCGGGCAUUUUUGCGAUGAGGCUAGCUGUGCUUUCACUCAAGGGUAACCAGAUCAAGGUUAUCUCUCCAGAGGCGAGGGUGCCUUCUAAUGCGGCCAUCUUGCAGGUGCGACUGAGUCAAAAUCCAAUCCAAGAGCUGCCCGAGUCGUUGAUGGCACCAAACUCCCUAAUCCCGUCGCUUAAUGUGCAAAACACGAGCCUCCAGAGCUUCCCGUCGUGGGUGGAAACGCAGACAAAAGUCGUGUGGGCCUACGGCACCCCUUUCUGCAAGUCAUUGUCAACUACAGCAUCGACUAGUACGGUCAAGUGCUUCAAUCCGGGGACAAGCACUCGCGAACCCAACUUUCCAGUUGAGCUUUUCGAGAAGCUCUACGCUAUACAUUGA